GUGACGCAUUUCGCCAAACAGUUAAAUGAGUUCAGCAUGUUGAUAUCCCUACAGAGUUGGAAAGUCUUACCAUUCUUGAAAAUAUGCGAGUAACUUUAAAUGGAUUGGAGACUUUAGGUAGAUAAAAGAGUUUAAAGUAUCUGUUGAGUGUUCUAGAUUAUAGACGAAAUGUACAAGACAGUUCCAACGAUCUUCAAACAAUCAUGCACAAUUCAUAGACGUAUUGAUGGGGAUGAUAGGGAUGGAAACUCACAGAUUAUGUCACUGGUAUUUGCAUUAAUGUCCAGCAAGUCUAAAGAAUGCUAUAGAACAUUAUUUUGGGAUUUAAUUGACUUUAGUGAUGAAAAUAAUAUUUAUUUAUACCUACAGUUUGUUUCAACUGACUUUGAACAAGCUGCUUUUGGUCUCAUUAUUCCUUAUGGGACUGAUGGAAACUUUAGUUUAUUAAUUCGACAUAUUUCUGCACUUGCUUUUUUACCUCACAAUGAAAUUCCUGCAGUUUUAAUGAUUCGAUCUGAACCACUAUUUCCACCUUCACUUUGGUCUGUCACUGAUAAUAUUGAACAUAUUUUUUCACAGAAUCAAAAUAAUGUGGAGGUUUGCCAUAGAAGACGGGAAACAUUAGUAGGACACGCACAUCAUGUAGGUGUAUUCAAAAUUAUAAAGGAACUACAAAAUGAGCAAAAACAAGUAUAUAGAAACAAUUUUGCAAAGGCACCACGAUCUUCACAAAGAAAACAAAACUAUGAACACGAAGAUCGUAUAUAA